UCGGAAGAAGCCCUUAUGAGAAUGGAAAGAAAGGCGAGAGAGGCAGAGCUCUACGCUCAACGAAUAUCCAUGUCACUUGCCGAUGUGAACGCUAAGCCUCACUAUGCCAGUCACGCGCUCAUCACAGAACCUACGAUUUGGCCUUUGUCAAACUUGGGUCUGCAAGGAACCCUCUCUCAUCAUCAACUGAUGAUUUCUGGUGGAUCGCAAGAGGGCGAUCGGUCGACAAUUACUGAUAGACAACAAAUACUUCAGUCACAGCAUCAUAGUGUGCCACAGUCUGCUGCGCCAAUUUAUAGAGCAAUACCGAACAUGGCACAGAUGAUGCAUGCACCACCCCCUCCAGAUCCGUCGGUAAAUCAACGGCUAGAGUUUCACAAUUUGCGUAGCGAACUGGAAAAAUCGAGGCACGACUUUUCCGAGAAAGCACGUUUAUUCAAGGAACGACUAGAUGAUUUUCGAAAUGAGAUUGAUGCUUUAAAGAGGGAGGAUAGGCAAACGGAACAUGAUGUGAUUCAUCAACACAAUGUUCACAAUGGAUUUGACAAGUUCACCACGCUUAGAAUGGCAAGUAAACCGACAGUCAUCUUUUGCUUUGCUUUCACAAGUUUUUGCUGCUCUGCGUUGAACAAAAAGGAUUUUUUUCUUACGUAA